UCUCUCUCUCCUGGUUGGCAGAGGUGGAGGUCGGUGAGCUGCUGUUCACUCAGCGCCGCUCUGCUCUGGGAAAAAGCGGCCGACGGAUUAUCCAGCUCGGUAACGUUAGCUCACCGGGCUAACGGUAAAGGCAGCGACCGGGAGGAGUCAUGAAUGGCCGCUGGAACCAGUGAAAGUUGCUCACGCCUUUUACUCUUGGACUUUAAUGAACGGAAAUACAACAAAAAAACUGGUUCGCGGAUCAUGCCGUCGCCCCAACGGGAACUUUUCUCUCGGAUCUUCACUUGGGGAAAGGCUAGCUUAGGGGCUAGCGACGCUACAAACUAUUUUUAAUUGGCUUUGGGCUCAAUGGCUCUUGCUUGUUUUGCCCUGUCAUAGCGACAGCUUGGGAAAUUGAACCGGGGAGAGGCCCCCCUGGUAACUUCAUGACAAACCAAAGACCGGUUUUGAAGCUUAACUUCGGGAGGCAAGGGACCGAAAAUGAAGAAGCAGUUCAACCGGAUGAAACAGCUCGCCAAUCAAACAGUUGGCAGAGCGGAGAAGACAGAAGUCCUCAGCGAUGACCUCUUACAGAUUGAGCGGCGCAUGGAGUUGGUGCGGGUGGUUUCCCACAACACCCACAAGCGGAUGGUGUCAUGUCUACAGGGACACAUCGGUGCAGACGCAGAGAAGAGACAUUCUGUACCACGCCUCUAUACAGGAAACGGUCAGAAAAAGCUUCCCCUCACUUCACUCUCCCAGGCGAUGGUGGAGGGCGGAAACCAGUUGGGAGAAGACUCGCUAAUAGGGAAGAUGAUGGAAGUGUGCGGUGAUGCAGAAAACCGUCUGGCUUCAGAGCUGAUGCAACACGAGCUGCAGAUAGAGAAAGAUGUUCUGGAUCCCCUCAGUCAGCUAGCAGAGGUGGACAUUCCCAACAUCCUGAAGCAGAGGAAACAGUUGGCCAAAUUGGUGCUGGACUAUGAUUCUGCCAGAGCAAGAUGGUUGCAGGCGACCAAAUCAAUAAUCUCAGGAACAAACACUCAUGCACUGACGGCUAAGGCUGACCUUCUCAAGGAGGAGAUGGACGAGGCCAUGAACAAGGUGGAGCUUUGCAAGGAUCAGCUGGCUGCAGACAUGUACAGUUUUUUCUCCAAAGAAGGGGACUAUGCCCUCUACUUCGUAACACUCUUAGAAGCUCAAGCCGAUUACCACAGAAAGUCCCUCACUGUUCUGGAGAAUGUGUUGCCCACCAUCCAGGCACAGCAAGACUCGUGGACAGAGAAGCCUGCGUUUGGCACCGGACUGGAUGAACACCUGAAGAGGAGUAGCAGGGAGGUCGCCCUCCCGUUAGAGGCCUGUGUGAUGAUGCUUCUAGAGACUGGAAUGAAGGAAGAGGGUCUAUUCAGGAUCGCAGCAGGAGCGUCCAAGCUAAAGAAGCUAAAGGCAGCGCUGGACUGUUCCACGUCGCAACUAGAAGAGUUUUACUCCGACCCACACGCUGUCGCUGGUGCACUGAAGUCCUACCUGAGAGAACUACCUGAACCUCUAAUGACCUACCAGCUCUACGAUGAAUGGAUUCAGGCCUCCAGCGUGUCAGACCCAGACAAGAGGCUGCAGGCUCUCUGGAUGGUUUGUGAUCAGCUACCAAAGAACAACAAAACCAACCUGAGGUAUCUAGUGAAGUUUCUAGCCAAACUUGCCCAGGACAGCGAGGUGAACAAAAUGACUCCUAGCAACAUCGCCAUCGUCCUGGGACCUAACCUGCUGUGGACCAAGACUGAGGGGAGUCUGGCUGAGAUGGCUGCAGCUACCUCUGUGCACGUGGUGGCUAUCAUGGAGCCCAUCAUCCAGCAUGCUGACUGGUUCUUUCCUGAGGAUGUGGAGUUCAACGUGUCUGGCAUGUUUGCGAUGCCCACACCUGCAUCCAACCACAACAACCAUCUUGAUUAUGACUGCAGCACCAUAGAGAGGAAGAGGCCCGGCAGCAUGGUGGGACCAGAGAACGACGCAUCGCGCAAAGACAGCACCCCUAACAAGCACUCGGACUACACCCUGCGUAGAGGCAGUAACGCCUUAGGUAGAAAGCAGCACACCUCACCUGCCUUCCAACCUCCUUUACCCCCUGUGGAGGCUCAGCCCUCCGCCGAGCCCCCGCCCCAGUCACAGGCUCCGUCAGGGGGUUCAGGGCCUGACGCCUCCCAGCAAAGCGUGGCGCAGAGUCUGGCUGCUCUCGCUGCAGCUCAGCAGCUUCUCGCGCAGCACACAGAGGAGCUCAGUAACCCAAAGCUACGUGACCCCACCUCCGCCCACACACCUCUCCUCCAGAGGAACGGCUCCGGGGCAGGAGGCCAGUCUGCAGGUCAGCCGGGCACUGGGAACCCCGGGGCUGGAUCCAUGGGGCCCAGUCCUCACCUGAUGCGAAGAGGUACCAAGAAGCAGGCUCCAGCCCCUCCCAAACCGACAAACCCUCCACCCAGCCAGCCCUGUAACUCAGUGAACCACGCCUCCUCCCCCUCCUCCUCCUCCCAGUCCCUCAGCCCCACCUCCAGACCCCUGUCCGGCCACCCACCCGCCUCACCCACAUCUCCCACCUCACAGCCCUGUGCCACACCGAGACGCCACUCCAGCAACCAGCCCCCCAUCCAGGCACCCAACCAUCCGCCCCCCGAGCCUCCGACGCAGGCCAGCUCGCCGACGCAACCUGCCUCCCCGGGCAAACCCGAAGGAGACCAGCGGAGUGCUGACUCCUCUCCUCCGGGCACCCCGACUCCUCCAGACACCCCUCCGCCCUCUGCUGCGACCCAGGACGCGGCCGCUUCCCCGUUCCCGUCCCCGUCCCCGUCUCCCUACCAGACCGGAUCUCUUCCCCGGCCGCGGCCUGUUCCCAAACCUCGGAACAGACCCAGUGUCCCCCCUCCGCCACAGCCCACCGCGCUGCCCGGUGACACUAACGGGAUCUGUGCUACCGCCUACAAGAUGAUGGGUUAAAGGGGCACUUGUGAGAGGUUUGUUAUUAAUAGAUGUUUUCCACUUUUCACCCGUAGCACUUUUAUGUUCACCUGUAGGACUUUAAUCCAUCACCAUGGCCAUUUGUUCUGCCUUCAGACUCUCUCUGAUAUCCUAUAUCCAGUAUCAUCUAUCUCGCCCUGAUGCUUGAUUUCAUAACACAAAAUAAAUAAUAAUUUUAAAUACACAAAAAUGAUCACAAAAUCAGUGCAGGGAGUUUAAACUGACAGUGUGCUGAUACAUCCAGCUAUAUCACAUCCACUGUUUUUGUUUAUGAUACAUACCAGUGCUUCUUUAGAGAAUCUGGCUGCUAUUUCUAGGUCAAGUUGCACUGCCCACAUGAAAACAUGACACUCAUAUCUGCUUCAUGUACGCUCAGUCAUGUAUCAAGGUCAUCGUUUAUUUACCGUAAGCAUCCAGCAGCACUUCAGCCCAGAGUAAAACAUUCAGAUUUUUUCAUUUUCAAAAUUUACAACAUAAAAAAACAAUCUGGAAACACACUCCAAGUAAUCCUUUAUUCCAUUUUCUUUCUCAUCUGUAACGACUCAUUUAGUUUGAUGAAGUUAGCUUGAAAUGUAUUGCUUCACACACUUCUCACAUUGCUGUCAUAAUAUAUCGGGUACAUGGUCUUUGGUCAUUUGUUGCAGUGAUUUAACGUCAUAUGAAAUACCAGAAAUGUAGACUUCAUUUGAGUGACAAGACCUCUGUGACACGUCAUCCAUCAGGGCGAUCAUCUGUCAUGUCACUAAGAUAUCUCCUCAUCACACACACAGAUCAGAAUAUUACCCAACCCUCCACUGUCAGUGUCUAGAUCUUUAUUAGUUCUGAUUGAGUUUCAUUUUUGAUUGUUUUUGUUCUGUGUAUCAACCGAUGAUCUUUCACUAAGCAUGUUUCACUCUGACAUGCAUGUUUGCUCUUGUCUCAUCUGUGAUCACUCUUCACAUAAUCAACCCGUUUCUAACAAACACUUAUAAAUUAUAAGACCGAAUUUGAAAUUGGGAUUUUUUCCCCCCAGUACCAUGUUGUCUGCACAGCUAAUUAAAUGUACCGCCCUCCAUAUUGGUUAUUUCACAUCCACUGCCUGCUGCUCUCAGUCUAUGGCUGAACACUGCCCCCUGCUGUUUAGAGACUCACACUGCAGCCGGAGCUCACAGUGGCGUCUCACUAUGACCUCCUGCUGCUGCUGUUUAAAGCUUAUGGAAAAUGUGACAGUGCUGCAUUGGAUGGCAUGAUUGCCGCAGCUUUAAAUAUUUUCUGACUCCAGGAUUGAAGCUACACAUGUUUGUGAUUAUGACCAUUGUUCAUAUAAUGAUGGCUUAAAUGGUUUAUCUGUCUUUGUGGGUAUUUAAGUUCUGUUUUGUGUGGAUCCCCUGCAUGCAUGGAGCCCAGUUUAACCAUUACGUAUUCCCACAAAUCCAAAUAGUUUGCAUCCCAGUUCUUUUUAUUUUAAGUUCAUUAUGUGAUGUACAUUUACAUCGUCCUCCUCUUUUUUUUUUUGUUCUCCAGACCCUGCGAUGUCUUUCAAAGGGCUGAGUCGAGCGUUGGUCCCUGAGCUCGCUGUAGACCAGCAGCCAGCGACAGCCUCCUCCUCUUCUUCUUCUUCUUCUUCUUCCUCCUCUUCUUCCUCCUGCUCCCUGCCUCCUCCCAAAGACUUAGACCUGGAAUCUGAGAGCACCGUCCUAUAAGGAGAAAGACUGUGACAUGAUCGGGUCCAGUUACCAACACGCUGCCCCCCCCCCCCUCCACGUGGAUCACCUACAUUCAUACUCACUCUUCAUGUAGCCCUGCUCGUGCUUCUGCCGCGCCCUCGGAGGAGGAGGAUCAAACCUCUGCUGACAUGUUUUACCCAGUCCCGUCUCUUUGAAGGAUUUUUAAUGUGACAUCUUGAAGCUUCUUGCAGCCAUCAUGGAGGUCCACAGCUCCUGUAAAACACUACAGAGUGGGUUACUCAUGAUAUAUUUAAUUUUCAGCGUGACAACCAAGAAUAAGACCUCAUGAAUGUGGCCUUUACUACACACAAAUGAACAACACUGAAAAUAAGAUAGUUUUUCAAAUGAUCCAUAUAUGAUCUGUAACCACAAAUCAUCAAAGGUUAGAGCUGAAAUUCAACCAAAUCAACAACUUUUCUGAUCAUUGAUGAGUCAUAUUUGAAGAGAAAAAAAAACAACCUGAGAAUGUCAACUCAUAUUUAGGAUUCAAGGAAAUUGUGACAGGGAUGUUUUCACUCCUUUUUAAAUGUUUUAUAGAUCAAAUGAAUUAUUAAGAAGAUAAACAACGGAUCAGUCGUUAAUAGCAGACUCAUUCAUAGAGUAAAACGCCUUAUUGGACCCCAUGCUUUGAUUUUAGUGUAUUUAAACUCCAGCCACACUCCAGCUGUUGUUUUUUUAAACUCUCAGUUUUUGUGACCUCCAUGAUGGUUCCAGGUGUGACGAACAGCCUCUACACUGCAUCACAUACCAUCUGGCACUUCAUCUUUACACUGUGCUGCCUUGACAUGAAGCUCCAGACAAUCAGACCACAAACUGUAGAGGGAGCAGUCGGCCAAUCAGACGACACUGAUGGGUCCUAAAGCAGACAGGAUGAGUUAAGAGGAGACUUGGUUGGUGUGAGGCUCUGAAUGCCAAAUUAAGGAGAAGAUGAGAUCGAUUUGGACUUUGGUGUGAGAUGUCUCUGUGUUUUUUUUUUUAUGUUAAAAAAACAGUCUUACAACACAAAAUAAAAAGAUGAAAGUUAUCUCUAUAUCAAAGGGGGAGGGGCAAAGGUCUGCAGGAAGAAACCAAAACUGUUGGUUAAAGUGUAGCUGGUGACUGCAGGUUUCCAGUCGUCUCAAACACUUUCCUCUUUUUUUUUGUAUGCUAACCCCGCCCUCUUGUCCCCCCCCCCCCCCCCACUCCUGUAUUUAUUUCCCGAUUUCAAAAACACACAUUCCCUGUGGCUUAGACAGAAUUCAUGCAGUCUUUAAAUGUAAAUCAUGCCUUAUCGGGUCCUGCCAGAACCACGUAAUAAGCAUCAUAUAUUUACUGGCUCCUUGUACUACAGUAUUAACAAGAAGCCGUCUUGGUAACAAGUAUGUAUCAGGGACAUGAGGAGGGGGAUAGAAUACUUGUGUGGGUCUGAAGUUGUGUAUUUAUAAUUGUUUUUGGUUGAUCACUUUUGGGUUUUUAUGAACAGAAGUAGCUGGGUGCGCCGCCCUCUCAGCCUGAAGAGUCAGUAUUUCUGCCUUUCUGUUAUUACUCUCCCAUGGAUGUUCGUUGUUUUCCAGGGAAUUUCUUGCAUUCAAAAAAAGGCUGUGUGAGAGAGAAUGUAUUGGAAGGACAAUGCUUAGCAGCCUCUUUUGCCCAACAGGAAGACGCAUAAACAGCUGAUGUUGCACUUGAGCGCAGGCCAACGAGCGGUGACCUCGUGAACUGAUGUUUGAGGAUUGUUUUUUUUUUUGUUUUUUCAGUCUUUCCCUCUGAGCUGAGAGCACACAGCGCUGUGAAACCUCAGUAGUGAAGUGGUGUUAGACGCUUUCCAGGUCAAAAGAUUCUAAAACAAAUGCUUUUUCCUUGUAAACUCUCUUGCUCUCUUUUUUUUUUGUUGAUGCAGUUUGGUUCCCAGAGAACUGACCCAACAUGGUACCGAUGGAGAAAAUCUCGGAUGCUGAAGUUGCCCUGAAAACGAGUUUUUAAUUUUGUUUUUCAGAGACAAUCGAGCAUUAUAACCCCCCCCCAACCUUUCUCUCUUUGCUCCUGUACCUUCGCUGCCUUAUCCCUGUGUAUGAAGAGAGCUUGAUAUUUCAAGGCUCUGAAAGAACAAAUGCCAUUAAAGGAGACAUGAUAAUGCUGCGUUUUUAAGCUCCAUAGUUUUGUAUGUAUUCUGUCUGUGAGCUUAAGACAUGUUAUAUGAAUGCUUGAUAAUACCCCCUUUCCAAAGAAAAUAAAGUAUAUGAAGAACUA